CGAAGGCGCCGUGGGCCGCACUGCGCCUGCGCGGGGGAUUUGAAAAGUCCGGUCCGGGCCGUUGCGCGCUGAGUGGGGAGGCGAUUCUCGUUGACUGUCCCGUGCGGCCAUGGAGCUGGCGGCUCGCGCGCGGAUGUUUGAAGCCCAGAUACAGAGCUAUCAAGGAGACGACCCCCUCGAUCCUUGGGACAGAUACCUGCAAUGGGUGGAAAGUGCUUUCCCGCUUCAGGGUGGACAGGAAUGCUUGUCCGCUUCAUUAGAGCAACUUGUGAAAGUGUUUAUCGGUGAGGAGAGGUACCACCAGGAUCUGAGACUCAUUAAGUACUGCAUUAAACUAGCAGAAUUCAUCAGUGCUCCUAGUCAAUUUUUUGACUACAUCUACAGCCAAGGAGUUGGUACUAGGACAUCUGCUUUGUACAUUGCUUGGGCUCAACAGCUUGAAACUGAAGGGAAUAUACAACAUGCUGGUGCUGUUCUUCAAAAGGGUAUUCAUAACCAGGCAGAGCCAAUGGAAAAUCUGCAAGAACAAUACAGACUGUUCCAGAGUCGUAUCCCUCGAAGUCAUCCGUUGACGCAAGUUGCUGCCUCAAAACAACUUCACGAUUCCCAGACUCCAAAUCAAAUGGCUCCUAGAAAAGAUGUCUCAGAAUCUGGUGACCCAGCCUGUCUCUCCAAAAGUCAGGAUCCAACGCUUUCUGCAGCUCAGUCCUCCCAGGAUGGCACAGGAAAAGUAGAGUAUCUUACCUACAUUUCAAAGUCAGCAGUUCUUCCAAAGCUAUCUUCGACCUCCAAUGAAUUUGAGCAAGUGGCGAUGUACAAUAAAAAUAUGCUCAUCUGUGAAGGCUCAGAGCUUUCAUUUGAGGAAGUGAGAGCGAAGGUUGUUUACCGAAAACAAGAAAGAUUGAGACGACAAAAAGAGUGGGAAGAGGAAGAGAGGGAGUACGCAAAGAGAAAAGAGUCUGCCAUCCUUGAAAUGCAGUUCUUGCAGCAGAAGCUGGAACAGCUCAAUCAGCUGACCAAAGACUAUCCAGAAGCUAAGCUGGAAGAGGCACCCGUGCUACAGUCUGUUCCAGAUAGAAUGGUGGUUGAUCCAUGUGUGAAACCAAUUCCUGCUCUACAGCAAGAUUGGAUAGCACCUUUUCAGACGACAAAUCUGCAAACCUCAUGGUGCCUGGGGCCAGACCAGCUGCAAACAAGGGCUGCAGCAAGUACUUCAACAGCAGAUACUUCUAUACCAAAGCCUGUUUCAGGGUCACUAUCAAUGGUAACAUGUGAAAAGGUCACAGGCGAAGCUAAACUAGAUCUUGGAGAACUCCGGAACACUCUAUUACAACUUGAGGUCAAGAGUGGUGAUGCUGUGUCUCCGCCUGUUCAGGAACAGUCCACAUUCAGUCGUGGCCGCUCCAUUGGACAGCAGCACUCAAAUGUGAGCACUUCUGGUCUCAAAUUAGAUCACUGCACAGCGAUGAAAGAAGCACCUAGAAUUGGAAAUGCUUCUGUCAGCUUUGGACAUGCUUCUCAAGCCACCCCGAAUACCUCACUGGGAGGAGUGAUGCAGGCAACUCCGUUCAAAGUGCAGCCCUCACCCACUGUUCAUACUAAAGAAGCACUGGGAUUUUUAAUGGACAUGUUUCAGACACCUAUCCUGCCUGAAAUGCCUUCUCUUCAAGAAAAUCAGGAGAAAUUUGAGGCCUACUGUAGAAAAAGUGAGCCUGGUAAAAGCAUGAAAGCUAAUGACGCUGCCCCUGUUGUGUCUGCUUUUUCCAUUUUUGAAGAUGAGAAUGAAAAAGAAAACAAUAGCUUCCCACAGCAAAAAAACAAGCUUCCCCAGGCCAGAGCCUUUGGAGAACAUCCCUUACUCAGAUGUGCUGAGCAAUCAAAAGAAGGAACUCGGACAACAGAGUUCCUGAUGGAUGACUCCACUGUGUGGGCUCUGCACUGUAAUAACAAAACACUGGCGCCCAGUCCCAACAGCACAAGAGACUUUGCACGUGCUACACAGCUUGCUUCAACCCCAUUUAACUACCUGUCAGCGCAUUCGUGGCAAGCCAUGGAGGACAAAGAAAAUGCAGUCCACAACAAUGAUGGUAAGAUGGUUCUGGAUUCUUCUGAGGAGCAAUACAUGGAGACGUCCAAACCCAGGAAGCUAAGCCCAGUUUUGGAGCAGAGCCCAGAACAAGGAUCUCUGCCAGGAAAUGCACCCUCUGCAGCUGCUUCUCUAGUGUUAAACCAGCAGCUAGCUACUGAGAAGGCUGUGUUGGAGACUUUGCAAGCAGCCAGGGGAUAUUCAGAUGAGGAAACGGUGCUAACUGCAUGUAAAGAGUCCGUCAGUACUCCACAGAUUCUCGUGUGUGCAGGGGACAGGAUACACCAGAAUGUUAAAGCUCCAGUCAUUGUUGAAAACCCUUGGGACGAGGGCUUAAUUCGCAGACUUCUAUCAAGGCUACCUAAACCGCUGAGUACCUACUCCAAUACUUUUGAAUGGAAAUCCAGUCUUCCCACUAUCAAACUGAAGACUGAACUUACAUUGGGUCCUAAAUCAUUCCAUGUGGAUUGCUUACUUGGAGAAGGGGCUUUUGCUCAUGUCUAUCAGGCUUCUGUCCUGGAUACAAAUAACCCUAAAAAUAACCAGAAAGUAAUAUUAAAGGUGCAGAAGCCUGCAAACCCUUGGGAGUUCUAUAUAGCAUCUCAGCUGAUGGAGAGGCUUAAACCAAGUGUGCGACAUCUCUACAUCCAGUUUUAUUCUGCUCACUUCUUCCAAAAUGGAAGUAUAUUAGUUGGUGAGCUAUACAACUAUGGAACUUUACUGAAUACCAUAAAUAUUUACAAAAAGCUUCCUGAAAAAGUGAUGCCUCAAGCACUAGUAAUCUAUUUUGCUGUAAAAAUUCUAUACAUGGUGGAAGAGCUCCACAACUGUGGAAUCAUUCAUGGUGACAUUAAACCUGAUAACUUCAUACUUGGAGAAAGGCUUUUGGAUAAUGACACCUGUGACAUAGACAGUCUCUCUCAUGGUCUGACAGUCAUUGACUUGGGUCAGUGUAUCGACCUGAAACUCUUUCCUGAAGGAACUGCGUUUACAGGAAAGUGUGAGACAUCUGGAUUUCAGUGUAUCGAAAUGCUGACACAGAAACCAUGGAACUACCAGACUGAUUACUUUGGAAUUGCUGGAACAAUAUACUGCAUGCUCUUUGGCACCUACAUGAGGGUAAGAAAUGAAGAAGGGAUCUGGAAAACUGAGGGAGUCUUCAGAAGGAUUCCUAAUGCAGAAUUGUGGAAUGAGUUCUUCUGCAGCCUCCUGAACAUACCAGACUGCCAUCACCUUCCAUCUUUGGGAGCUUUACGCAAAAAGCUAAGAGACUUGUUCCAAAAGUCAUAUGCUAAGGAAAUAAAGUUCCUCCGCAAUCGGCUUGUGGUGUUGCUCAUAGAAAAAAAACGUUCACGAAAAUAACCCUUGAAUUUAAAGACUUCAGUUUCUCUUACUAUGAAGAGAAGCUUUCUACAUAUACUUUUUAAAUGUCAUGUCUUUUCAAAAUACACUUGGUUUGCUACUGAUCUUUGAGUGAACUUUGUCCUUGACAACUUGAAUAUUUGCCUCUGCUGUCACGGAGAAACUAAUCUACACAAGCUAUAUGACUUUUUAGGAAAUUCUAACUUGAAUGUUUAAAGUUACUUUGGCGGACUUCAAUGUGGGAGACCAGCUGGAGGUCUCAUGCAGCAGUAGUAAAACCUCCUUUGCUUUCAAAAACGAUGAUUUUUUUUCUACCACAAGGUAUUGUCCAUAAUAGUUACAUCAUGUUGGGUAUAUGAUGCAUAAAGAUGAACUGAUAAACUGAUGGAAGGUAGCGGCUGCUUUGAGACCAGUCAUCAUGGCCAGUUAGGUUCAUUAUGGGCAAAUGGAGGAAAGGCCCAACCAGUUCAUAGAGUCCAUGGCCAGAAGGGACCAUGGUGAUCAUCGACUGACCUCCAUAACAUAGGCCAGAGAACUACUUUGACCUGAAACAAAAUGUUUCCUGCUUGGAAUCCCUUUUAGAGUGUCUGACAAGGCUGUAAUGCCCAUUCAAAUAGCUUUCAAUAGGCCUUUUUUUGUAAAGAAAGCAAAUCUGACCUGAAGAAAUGUGGAGUGCAACAUAAAAACUGGAUUUAAUAACAUCUCUGACAAUUGCAGGAAUUUAUCCAGUAUAGAUUAACGUCUAUCCUCGUCUGAAGUUAAGGCUUCUGUUCAGACCUCCAGAACUGAUUAGAAUUCUGGACCAGCUCUCUGCACAGGAAUUGUAAUUGGGCCUGUGAAGAUGCCAGGAUUCUUUAUCUGGUAGCUGCUGCUCAGAGGCAGAGACAUUAGGUGUCACGAUUGCCACUUUAGGAACAAAAAAAGAACUGUACUUCCAUCAUGCUUGGCGAUGUAAUUAAAUGCUGUGUCCUUUUGUAGAAGGUCAUGUGUUUCCAAACCUGAGCUCACCAGGAACACAGCAUCUCCAGCCGUCGGAACACUUGUUUACUGAAAGGAAUGGUAUGCAAAGUAGUGACACUGCUGCUCCCUAAUAGGCUGGAUGCCAGUGAAUAGAGGUUACACCAUAACUCAGAAGACUGGCAAGCUUAGGCAGAACCUGCUUUACAAUUAACUCUGAAAGAGUUACUGUUUAAUGUAGCUUUCCUCAGGAGCUUGAGACAAUAGUGGAUACCACAUGCUGAUGCAGACCUUCUGCUUCCUUUUGUUUGCUCAGCCUCAGAGACCUGUAGGACCUGAAGCAGGUGUUAAGCUUUCUGACCUAUGUCAUACAGGGCUUGAAAUAAGAAGAAAGUGUUCCCUGCUACUGUAGCAUAAAGGUUUAAACAAUGA